GGAGGGAAGUGAAAAUGAAAUCGACUUUUCAGAGAAAUGAUGAAAGCAGCAGCCUUGGUCUGCCAAUGAGAGGCUGCAGCAAACUUCCGCACUGCUUUGCCUAUUGCCUGCCUGCCUCCCUCCCUCCUUCUCUCUCUCUCUCUCUCUUGUGGGCUGCUGCUGCUGCCUUGCUGCACAAACAGGGCCCUGGGAAGGAGGUGGUGGAAGGGGGGGAUUUCCAAGCCUGGUCUCGCCUUGUUUUGCUUUCGAUCUGGCCUCGCAGGAAGAGGAGGAAUAACUACACCACUUUGAGUUUUUUUGCCACCCUGCUUUUCCUUUCCAUUUCUGGUCUCUUGGCAACCCCUGAUAUAACCUUGAGGAAUUUUUACACAGGAGGAGCAGCAGCUUUCCAAUUGAAAAACAAACGUGCCAGGAGCUCUGGGUGUGAGUCUUGUCUGCUGCUGCUUCUAGGAAAAAAGAGCAAGGAUCCAUCAUAUCCCCCUCUUUGCAUCAAGGACAGGCUGCCAAAUAGACACAUUUCUUGAAGGAGAAGAGCAGGAAACAAUGCCGGUGGAAAGAAUGCGAAUGCGGCCAUGGCUAGAAGAACAAAUAAAUUCAAACAAGAUACCAGGUCUGAAAUGGCUAAAUGAGGAAAAGAAAAUUUUUCAGAUUCCAUGGAUGCAUGCUGCACGCCACGGGUGGGACGUUGAAAAAGAUGCUCCCUUGUUCAGGAAUUGGGCCAUUCACACAGGGAAGUACCAGCCAGGAGUUGACAAAGCAGAUCCAAAGACAUGGAAAGCAAAUUUCCGAUGUGCAAUGAAUUCCUUACCUGAUAUUGAAGAAGUCAAAGACAAAAGCAUUAAGAAAGGAAACAAUGCAUUCAGGGUAUACCGAAUGUUGCCUUUAUCUGAGAGGCCUUCUAAAAAAGGAAAGAAACCGAAGCCAGACAAGGAAGACAAGGUGAAACAAAUUAAGCAAGAACCAGAGGAGUCAUCUUAUGAACUGAGUAAUGGAAUAAGUCAAGGUUUUUCUAAUUACUGCUUAUCUUCCACAAUAAAAUCUGAAGUCGACAGUACAAUAAACAUUGUAGUUGUAGGAGAUGCACACUUUGAGGUUGGUCCUGGGGAUCAUAUGAUAGUUCCCAAUCCUCCAGAUGUUUGCCAGGUAGUGGAAGUGACAACAGAGUGUGAUGAUCAGCCCAGCAGUAUGAGUCAACUGUACCCACUACAAAUCUCCCCAGUUUCAUCCUAUGCAGAAAGUGAAACUACAGAUAGCAUCCCCAGCGAUGAAGAAAAUGCACGGGGUCAAGUUCAAUGGCGAAAGGAAAAUAUUGGCAGCAAACAAUAUUAUAGCAACUUGGGGACAAGGAACUCCCCUUACCCACUUCCCAGUAUGGCUACUUUUGUGACUUCUAACAAACCUGACCUCCAGGUCACCAUCAAAAAAGAAAGCUGCUUUCAGCCUUAUAACAGCUCGUGUCCUCCUUUCCCAGAGCUCCCCCUCUCACAAACAGUGUGUUUGGCUUCCACCAGUUACAGCAGCAGACUGCCAGAUCAUGAAAAUCGGGCAAGUGUCAUCAAGAAAACAUCAGAUAUUACUCAGUCUCGAGUCAAGAGCAGUUGAGCCAUGAUGAACUGUUAGGUUCUUAGAAAAUUCUGUGUUGUGGCUUUGAGGAACUCACCUAAUGUACAUUCAACAAAUCGAAGGAAAAAGCCUUCCUAAUGCAGAACAUUACUUUGUCCAACCUCCAGCAGUGGAGCAUUUCAAACUCAGGACUCCAGAAUGCAGACAUGAAGCAAGUUGGAACCCCAAGGUUACAACCCAGGGAAAGAAGGCCUGCAGUAGUAUGUUCCAGAACUUCAUCAAGAGGACCAACAACACCCGUAAAUGGAGUCACUGCUAAUCUUGCAGUCAAGGCCAUCAUGGAAAUGAGAACCUCGGAUUGGAAGAAGACAAUGUGAACUAGCUGGAUUAUUUUUUUCCAGAAUGUAUUGUGAAUAUAUGUACAUAGUGCAGUACUAGCAAUAUUGCAGUCUGCUUUUGCACCUUAUUAAAAAUAAAAAGCACUUGCAGAAAAGGCCUUUCAUUAUCUUGCUCUAAAUAAUGGCACACUUAAAAGAUAUUCUUCCUGCUCCUAACUCUUCUUUUCCAAGGCUGUUCUGGCUAAUGUGGCCUUAGGCUAUGGAAAAAUGAAUUAAAUAGGAAGGCAAGAAUCUUCCCAUGUACAUUUCAGAGAUUGUUUUUAAGAGUGCUUGUCUUAUGUGUCUAAUCUGCUAUGCUUGAAAGUUGUGUGGUACAAUAGAAGAAAAUCUAUUACAGAUAUAUUAUGCAAAUUCCCAGGUUUUAAAAGAGAGAAAAAAUACUCAAAUUCUAACCAGAGUAAGCUUUUUUAUUUUUUAUACAGUGGAAUAUUUUAUUCAAAGUAAAAAAAAUCUAAAGUGAAUAUAAUUAUUUCAGGUUUUUUAUCUUUUCUACAGCAAAUUUAUAAUUUUACAAUUCAGUAUCUUGGUUGUCAGCAAUUAUUUUCUCUUGUGGCACAUUUUAUUUCCUCUCUCUCUCUCUCUCUCUCCCUCCCCCUUCAUGCCCUCCCCCUCUCUCUUUUUACAUUUUGUAAAGGUGAAAUAGCUUUUAAUGAAUUUUAUGUAGCAAUCAAACUAUCCUGUGGAUUGAUAAUAAAUAUUAUAUAUAGUUAAAUUUUAAAAUAAA